AUGCUCCGUACCUGUGGUGAAAAUAAAACGAAUCCGGCAUCCUCCCACGCAUCCCUCCAUCGCUCCUCGACAGCCAUCCCCCCCCCAUCCUUCUCGACAAUGAAGCUCACCAAUGCCCUCGCAUUCGCCGGCUGCGCAUUGGCGGCCGCCGUCCAGCACAAGUCGCCCAACUUGGACGACUCCCUGAAGGAAGUCGAGGUCCGCAUCGUCAAGCUCGGCGUCGACACCAAACACUUCAACAACAAUCGUUUCUACCUCGCCUCCGCCGUGCUCAUCGACACGCUCCACGUCACCCAGCAAAUUCUCAAGAUUCACAAACACCCGCCGGCCGACGCCGAGUUUUUGAAGCAAUUUCGAACCAUUAAAGCGGAAUUGAAGGCGUUUUUUGAAACAAUAAAGGGUGAAAGGUCGGCCAUUGUCCAGGGUCACUAUUGCGAAGGCAUGUACCAGGAGCUCGGUCACGUGGGCGGCGAGUUUGAUCAUCUCCACCGCGAAAUAGUCGCCAUCGUGCCCGUACCCAACGUCCACAUUGGCGAGUCGUUGGUCAAGGAGAUUUCUGAAAUUACCCGCAUCUUGGAGGACAUCAAGUCGAUCUUUCUCCCCGAGAGCUGCUACGGGAAGCCGGCGUAUUUGAGCGCCUGCGAGUGGCUGCCCGACGAGAGGAGGUGCAAAACUCCUGCACAGUAG